AUGGAAAAUGAAAGGGCAAGUCUUUUCUUUCUGGAUGCUACAGGUAGAACUGGCAAGACAUUUGUCAUCUACCUUCUUCUGGCUAAGCUGUGCCAAAUGAAACACAUUACCAUAGCUGUGGCGUCAAGUGGAACAGCUGCAACUCUGCUAAGUGGUGGCCGCACAGCCCAUUCUUGUUUCAAGCUUCCUUUAGACCUGUCCAAGAAAGAGAAGGCAAACUGCAACCUCAGUCAUGGUUUUAUAAAAAACAAACUUCUGGGUGAGACGACAAUGAGCCAUAAGGUUUCCUUUGAAGCUUUUGACAUGGCGCUUCAGGAUCUGAGAUACAACACUAGGCUCAUGAGAAGGGCGACAGUCUUGCUUGCAGGAAACUUUAGACAAACCCUUCCCGUAGCUCCAAAGGGAACAAGAGUUGAUGAAGUAAACGCCAUCUUAAAGUCGUUCUACCUAUUGAGCAGUGUGCAAAAGCUGAGACUCACAACCAACAUGAGACUGCAGCUCAGUGGUGAUGAUGCAGACAAAACUCUUUCAAAGCAACUGUUGGACGUCCGAAAUGGCACUUCGAUUGGCGAAAAGGAUGGCCGGGUAAGCUUGCCUUUUGGACAUAUAGUAUCUGACUUAAAGGACCUAAUGAAUAAGGUUCUUCCUAACCUGAGGAAUCGGUUUACAGACCAUAACUGA